AUGUUGGUGCUGUCCAACAACACGGCCCUGAACCUGCUCCUCUCCAAACUGCUCCAGAACUGCCUGGAACAGAGCAACAGCUCAGCCCCUUCGCAGGUGAGGAGCACCAGCGACAACCUGGAGAUCAUCUACGUGCUGCUGAUGCUGGGGCUCUUCGGGUUCUUCACCGUGGGGGUGAUGGUGACCAACCUGCGGGCGCGGCGCCUCGAGGGGCCCCGCGACCCCUACAACACCUACAUCGCCACCGACACCUGGCACAAGAAGGACAGGGAGUACUUCCAGGCCAAGAUCAUCGAGAAUUACAAGCUCUGCUGCGUCCUGGAGAACCAGCUGGCCGUGGAGCAGCCGGGCACGAAGAUCCCCGAGGAGAAAUCUUCCUGA